AUGGUACGCGAACGAGACUCGGAUGUACCGCAGCCUGGUCCUGCGGUGCUCACAUCGAAUGCUGGACCUGAUGAAUGGCUCGAGCAAGCCAAACUAUGUCGCUACCUGCCCGAAGCUGACAUGAAGCGCCUGUGCGAGAUUGUCAAAGAAUGCCUGAUGGAAGAGAGCAAUAUCCAACCUGUACAAGCACCCGUCACAGUGUGCGGAGAUAUCCAUGGUCAGUUCUAUGAUUUGCUGGAGCUAUUCAACGUGGCCGGCGGCAUGCCCGGCGAAGUGGACGAGCGAGCGGCAGCGGCAGCGGCAACAGCGCGAGAGAAGGAGGCGAGAUCGAAACGGACCAGUAUGAGCAGUGGCGGCGCGGCUAUGUUCAGUGCAUCGGAUCUCGAGCCUCCUACACAGAUCACAGACCCGAAGGUGAAAAGGAAGAUGAAGCGUCGCUUUCAGAAGGACAGCGCAUAUACAUCGGCUGCAUCGGAGGACGGGUCUGAGCCCGGCGGUGCUGAUGACGAGGAACGACGAGGUCGCAUGAGAAGCCGCAGCAUGAACGAGUCUGUUGACGAGGGUGAGGAUAUUGAGGAUGAUGGGAGCGAAGACAGCGGCGUGGGUGUUAGGAGUCCUGAGCCAAGUCGAAGUAAGAGCACGGCACAGAGCAACAAAGUUGACCAUACAAAUGGCCUGCAAAACUUCGUAUUCCUGGGAGACUUUGUGGAUCGAGGUUACUUCUCCUUGGAGACAUUUACACUGCUCAUGUGUUUGAAGGCAAAAUUUCCUGACAAAGUCACCCUGGUCCGGGGAAACCACGAAUCGCGCCAGAUUACACAAGUGUACGGCUUCUACGAAGAAUGCCAGCAGAAAUACGGCAACGCAAGUGUGUGGAAGUCGUGCUGCCAGGUCUUUGACUUUCUGGCUCUAGCAGCCAUAAUUGACGGCAAAGUGCUUUGCGUGCACGGUGGUCUUUCGCCUGAGAUUCGCACACUCGAUCAGAUCAGAGUCGUUGCGAGAGCACAGGAGAUUCCACACGAAGGCGCCUUUUGCGAUCUUGUAUGGAGUGAUCCAGAAGAGGUCGAUACGUGGGCAGUGUCGCCCAGAGGUGCUGGGUGGUUGUUUGGAGACAAGGUGUCCAGCGAGUUCAAUCACGUCAACAACCUUCAACUUAUCGCGCGUGCGCAUCAGCUGGUCAACGAAGGAUACAAAUAUCACUUUGCAUCCCAAGAUGUUGUCACAGUCUGGUCCGCGCCAAACUACUGUUACCGCUGCGGCAACGUCGCCAGCAUAAUGACACUUGGAGAGGACCUGAAUCCCGACUUCAAGAUUUUCAGCGCCGUGCCGGACCACAGGCGAGCAGUACCCGCUGGACGACAAGGCCGUGGCGAGUACUUCUUGUAG